GUGGCAGAGGAGAGAUGUAGCAGCGCUGCUCGGUGGGACUCUGUGGCCAGCCGUCUGUCACUUCUUUUAAAACCAGAAAUUGUUUUUGUCAGACAUUACCGUGAAUGGGAAAGAUUGAAUGCAUCUUAUAGCACAGUGGCGCCGUGUGAAUGUGUCGCGUAAUGCGACCGAGAAGGAUUGCCUCUCGGGGGAAAUAUUUAUGUUUCGGGACGGUUUUGUUGGAGUAGCUAGUUGCUAGCGCUGGGCUAGCGACUGUGCUGGCUACUUGGAACGUAUUCUGCAAGGAUGAUUCGGUGGAUACGACAGCAGCUGGGCUUUGACCCCCCUCAUCAGAGUGAUACCAGGACAGUGUACGUAGCUAACCGUUUCCCCCAGAAUGGCCACUACAUACCACAACGCUUUGCCGACAACAGAAUCAUCUCAUCCAAGUAUACAGUUUGGAAUUUUGUCCCCAAGAAUCUGUUUGAGCAGUUCAGAAGGAUAGCAAACUUCUACUUCCUCAUUAUCUUCCUUGUACAGUUAAUGAUAGAUACGCCAACUUCCCCAGUAACCAGCGGCCUGCCUCUGUUCUUUGUGAUCACAGUAACUGCCAUAAAACAGGGCUAUGAGGAUUGGCUGAGACACAAGGCUGACAAUGAGGUGAAUGGGGCUCCAGUGUUUGUGGUUCGCAGUGGAAGUCUGGUCCAGACGAGAUCCAAGAAUAUCAGGGUGGGAGACAUCGUCCGUGUGGCUAAAGAUGAAACGUUCCCAGCAGACCUGGUGUUACUGUCGUCAGAUCGUCCAGAUGGCACCUGUCACAUCACCACAGCCAGUCUUGACGGAGAGACCAAUCUCAAGACCCAUUACUCUGUGGCUGAGACAUCAGUGUGCCAGUCAGUCUCCCAGCUGGAGGCAUUGCAGGCUGUGGUGGAGUGUCAGCAACCAGAACCUGACCUGUACAGAUUUGUUGGUCGUAUGACGGUGACUCAGCAUGGGGAGGAGAUAGUUAGACCGCUGGGUCCAGAGAAUUUGCUGCUGCGAGGGGCCAGGUUGAAAAAUACUAAAGAAAUCUUUGGUGUGGCUGUUUAUACAGGCAUGGAGUCCAAGAUGGCACUCAACUAUAAAUGCAAGUCCCAGAAACGCUCUGCCGUAGAGAAGUCCAUGAAUACCUUCCUCAUCAUCUACCUGAUCAUCUUGCUGUCCGAGGCCAUUCUCAGCACCAUCCUAAAGUAUGCCUGGCAGGCUGAGAUCAAAUGGGACGAACCUUUCUACAACCAAAAGACAGAAGCGGAGAGAAACAGCAGUCCGAUCUUAAAGUUCAUCUCAGACUUUUUGGCUUUUCUGGUGCUCUAUAACUUCAUCAUCCCUAUCUCGCUCUACGUUACUGUGGAGAUGCAAAAGUUCCUUGGCUCUUUUUUCAUUGGCUGGGAUUUGGACCUUUACCAUGAGGAAAGUGACCAGAAAGCUCAGGUCAAUACCUCUGACCUCAAUGAAGAGUUGGGACAGGUGGAAUAUGUGUUUACUGAUAAGACAGGCACACUAACAGAAAAUGAAAUGCAGUUCCGCGAGUGUUCGAUUAAUGGAACCAAGUACCGGGAAGUUAAUGGCAAACUUUUACCAGAGGGAAUGACAGACGACUCACCAGAUGGUUCUAUGCCUCCCCUGAUGGGUGACGAAUUGUUAUUUCUCAAGGCAGUGUCACUUUGUCACACAGUUCAGAUCAGCUAUGACCAGUCAGACUGCCUGGCUGUGGGAGGAGACCCAUUCUCCCAUGCCAACGGGUUCUCUUCCAAUUCCAUGGAGUACUACGCCUCUUCACCGGAUGAGAAAGCUUUAGUAGAGGCAACAAAAAGGAUUGGAGUGGCCUUCACUUGCAGCAAUGGAGAUACCAUGGAAAUCAAAACUUUUGGCAAGUUUGAAAAGUAUAAAGGUUUGCGAACCCUGGUCGUAGCAUGCCGCCACUUCAGUCCGGAGGAGUACAUCGAUGUGGACAAGAAACUAAACAGUGCCCGCACCGCGCUGCAGCAGAGGGAGGAGAGACUGCAGGAAGCCUUCAGCUACAUUGAAAAAGAUUUGCAGCUCCUGGGAGCAACAGGAGUGGAGGACAAACUUCAGGACAAGGUCCAGGAGACCAUUGAGGCUUUGCGACUCGCAGGAAUCAAAGUAUGGGUGCUGACAGGGGACAAACAUGAGACGGCAGUCAGUGUAAGCCUGUCCUGUGGCCACUUCCACAGAACCAUGAACAUCCUGGAGCUCCUGCAGCAGCACUCUGAUAACGAGUGUGCUGAGCAGCUCCGCAGACUGUCCAGGAGGUUAAGGGAGGACCAUGUCAUACAGCAUGGAUUGGUUGUAGAUGGAGCUAGUCUGUCUUUAGCAUUAAGGGAACACGAGAAGCUCUUUAUGGAAGUGUGUAAAAACUGUUCAGCUGUGCUGUGCUGUCGCAUGGCCCCACUGCAGAAAGCUAAGGUUGUGCGUCUUUUAAAGACAUCUCCAGAAAAACCCAUCACCUUAGCUGUUGGGGAUGGAGCCAAUGAUGUCAGUAUGAUACAGGAAGCCCAUGUGGGCAUAGGUAUCAUGGGGAAGGAGGGUCGUCAGGCCGUGAGAAACAGCGACUAUGCAAUUGCCAGGUUCAAGUUCCUGGCCAAACUCCUGCUGGUCCACGGGCACUUCUACUACAUUCGAAUAGCUACUCUUGUACAGUACUUUUUCUACAAGAAUGUGUGUUUUAUCACGCCGCAGUUUUUAUACCAGUUCUUCUGUUUGUUUUCACAACAAACUCUGUACGACAGUGUUUAUCUGACACUGUACAACAUCUGCUUCACCUCGCUGCCAAUCCUUGUGUACAGUCUGUUUGAACAGCUGGUCCAUCCGCAUGUAUUGCAGAACAAACCUGGCCUGUACAGGGAUAUUAGCAAGAACUCUCUGCUCUCUUUCCGGACCUUCUUGUACUGGACUGUGUUGGGUUUCUGUCACGCCUUUGUCUUCUUCUUUGGAUCCUACAUACUAAUGGGAGAGGACACCACUCUUAUGGGCAAUGGACAGAUCUUGCGAGCUAACAGGCAGCUGAUGUUUGGGAACUGGACAUUUGGAACACUGGUCUUUACUGUCAUGGUCAUCACUGUCACGUUAAAGCUUGCAUUAGAGACUCAUUUUUGGACGUGGAUGAACCAUUUUGUGACAUGGGGCUCAAUUGCCUUCUAUUUCAUCUUCUCUCUCUUCUAUGGAGGCAUCAUCUGGCCAUUCCUGCACACCCAGGACAUGUACUUCGUCUUUGUGCAGCUGCUGUCCAGCGGUUCAGCCUGGUUCGCCAUUAUCAUCAUCGUCAUAACUUGCCUCUUUCCUGAUGUGUUGAAGAAGGUCUUGUACAGACACCUGCAGCCCACCAGCACUCAGAAGAGUCAGUCUCUACCAGCCUCCCAGGUGCAGAACCUCAGCUGCAUGGAAUCCCUGUGCUGCUACCAACAGGGGCAGAGCGGCUGUACCCGCCUGGCCCGCCUCCUGGAGCAAAUGACUGGACGCUGCAAGGCCAGCGCAAACAAUUGCCACACAUCCAGCCGCAACAACAGGUGGGGAAGACUACGACAUCGAGAAAGCGUGAUUUUGAAUGACGAACCCUCGGCACCUCUUGGUGUCAGAAAUCUGGGCUUCAGUCCCGACCGUUGUAGCCCAUAAUGUGACUGCAGGUCAACUGUAACUCUUGUUCAGAUUUAUAGUGAUUUGAACUUAGUGGUGGGGAAGCUGGGCUCCAGGUGUUCCUAGAGGCUGGUUUUAGGCUGAAUCUUAGCAGGACUUUGGGACAGCAGCCAAAAGAAGGAGUUAGAGGCUGAACAUAUGUGGAUCAAGCCAUCAUGGACUGCACUACUAUGAGUUUCUCAUUUCCAUCAAAGUCCGUGUUGGGAGUCUGGAGUCUGAACAUUCUGAUUAACCAGACAGAAGGGUGUGCUUAAUGUCAUAUCCACAGAAAUGCAUCAGUACUCCAUAGAACCAAAACCACAGGGCGAUUCUGAUGGCUGUGCUGUCUUACAAAGCAUGCAGGUGUGAAUGUUUGGCAGACUAACAGGGAGACUCUGGGUUACAGUAUUAUUUAUUAAUACACGAUAUACCGGUGUCCAGCGGGUCUGUCUUGUGUAACCCACACUUAAGGGUUUGUCUGUCCGUAUGUUAACCCAUGUGUCUGUGUCCUAACAACAUGCUAUGAUCUGUUUGUCUUGUCUGUCACCCUUUCCAAAAUAUUCUCCAAAAAUCACAUGGCAGUGAGUCUGAUUAAUAACCAAGGAAUAACUAAGGUUUCAAGGAAUUUUGCAAUGCGCUUUAACAGAUAACCCAAGCACUGCAUUAAAGUCGGUUUGUUAGCCUCGUAUUCACUAACAGGCCCUAUUUUUUAUUGGAAAGCUACUUCACAUGAGAUGAGACCAGACAAUGGUUAACUUGUCCAAAUAAUAAUGUGGAUUUAGAUAUUUCUGGGGCUGAUGAGCUGUCAAAAACAUUUAAGUGGGAAGCCGAAGCAAUGAGAUUGAACAGUAACUGCAAUGCGAGGUCUUUGCUGCAGAGAGAAAAUGAAAUAUUCCAGUUUACAGCAGAAAAUGAGCAUUUGAUUAUGCAGAUUUCUUCAAAGCUGCAAGUCCACUUUGUGACAAAAGGAUGAUAAAACAGAAACAGUUUGAUUAUCUCUUUGUUUGUUUGUUUGUUUGGG